GACCCUGGCGCUGGACUCGGCCGGCGCGCUCAGUGGCAAGGCCGUGUCGGGAGGGAAGCACGCUGGUGCUGCUGAGUGGCAGGCUGCGCUCGGCCCACGCUUGCGCGAGUUUGAGGAGGCAAUGCUGCGGCGCGCUGCUGAGAAGGCAGAGCUCACGGCGCGGAACAAGGACCUGAUGCUGAGCGAGGACGGCGCCCAGGCUCUCGCCGACCUGUUCAAUAGCUUUGGCGGAACGGCUCCUCCUGGCGCUCCGCUGGAGGGAGAGGGCAGUAACUAAGACGCUGUUGGUGAUAGGUCUGCAGACAUCAUGUAGCCACUUUAGGUAGGCUAUUGUUUGAAUGUGUCAAGCAGAAGGGCCUCGAAGGUUCUAGAUAGAGACUUCGCCACCCACUUCGCC